AUGUCACAACCAUCUGUUUCUUCUAAUUGUGUUUCGCCUCUUGCCAACCCUACCAUGCCUCCAGACGAGUUCAACAUUCGUUAUCUGAUGCUUCUGAGCAACUUCAUUGUCAUUCACCGUCUUGGUUUGGGCUCUUUUGGCCAGGCGCUUUUGGCAAAGUAUAAGAAAAACUCUUCUACCUUACUUGACCGUGAUGACUCGAAACUUGGUACGAUGAUGGAGACCGUCUGUCACUCGGCGUCGAUGCCCGACAUCCAGCCCCGUAACAACGGCUUGGUAGCGAUCAAGAUGAUGAAGAAUCACCUUAAGAAGCAUUCAGAUUACCUCAAGAUCCCUGAGGUCAGGUUCAUCUAUAACAUUGGAUGCCACAUCAACUUGUUGCAAAUGCAUCAUGUCUUCAUCGACAGCUUGAGCGGCAAGCUUUGCAUCGUCAUGGAGGCCAUGAACCAAAACUUAUACCAACUCAUUCAAAAGCACACCAGCAAGACAAUGCCUGCUGACGUUGUCAAGUCAAUGCUUGCCCAGAUUUUGAAUGGCAUUCGCCAUAUUCACGCUCAAGGCUACUUCCAUCGUGAUGUCAAACCGGAAAAUAUCUUGGUGACUCCGACCGUGCAAUACUACGGUGGCGUGGACAAUGUUCCACCAGAGAGGGCGAACGACUUCUACAUGGUCAAAUUGUGUGACUACGGCCUCGCUAGGCACUUCACCAAUACUAAGGAUCUCACGUCUUACGUCUCGACCAGAUGGUACCGUGCGCCAGAGAUCUUGUUAAGGCUGCGAUGCUACACUCAGCCGAUAGAUAUCUGGGCCUUCGCUUGUGUUGCCGCCGAAAUAGUCAAUUCUCGGCCGUUAUUUCCCGGUGCCAACGAGUCGGAGCAAAUCUGGCAUAUUCUUAAGUGCCUCGGCCAUCCUACGCAGCUUGAUGCCGGGGGACCUUCCUUCGGCGGUUACUGGGAAGAAGGAGAAAAGCUUGCAGAGAACCUUGGCCUUUACAUGCCUCCUACAAGUGGACUGAGCAUGCAAAAGAUCUUGCGUCGGUCCGGAUAUGACGAGUUAAGUGAUGCACUUCGCCCAUGUUUCUUAUGGAAUCCAGAUGCGAGGCCCACGGUGUUUGAGCUCAGCCAACACCGUUUCUUCGAAGGCACGAUCUUGGAAGAAGAUCCACUUCACUUCGUCCUGAGUUCUACUCUUACCACCUGUGCCAGUCCCGAUACUUUAUAUUCGGAUACGAUGGCCAGCAAGUCCUCGGAUGUACUUCGCAGUCUUUUGAAGCAGAAGGAUACAGGGUACGACGUUGUCAGCUUGAGAACGCCCUUCUUACUGGAACAAGACUUGUACAACGAGCACUUAAACUCCAUUUUCGGGCUGCGGAAUAAUGUACCUUUUGAACAUCCUCGGCUCGACGAUGGCUGGGUCUUAGAAGGGGAAGCCGAUGAUGAAGACAAGGCUACCAGUGGCUUAGAGAUGUCCCUGGUGGCCCCAUUCGAAGAAGUUAGUUUCGACAAUGAUGCUUCUAUUGCCCAUAAGAUCUCGUGUUGA